CUUGGCUCUGCCCACCUCCUUGCAUUGGAAAACAGUCUGUGGUCUAUUUUGGGUUAGUUAUUAAAAAUGUUCGCUUUAGUCGGGCGGUUAUAUGACGUUCAGCGGUAGGCGACGGUAGCCCAUUCGGCUAAUUAUUGGCUUUUUUUUUUUCCCUCCACCUGCGAUAGCUACAGUUUACCUGGGAGACAAGACAACCGGUGAACCUCGCCAGUUUCAAAGAUAUAGAAGAACACUGGCGCCUUCUAAACACAGUCCGUGAGACUUCCUUGUUUUGGAUUUACUAUUGCGCACCUUGCGCGUGUUCCUGAUCUGAUUAUUUGCUGGUUGUCGAUUACAAAACGGAUCACGGAUAAAGUUUCAUGAGAGCGGACGCGUCUUCCAAACUCCGGUGAGAUCCGUCCGUUUUUGCCGAUAACGUUUUGAUCAUCCUAUACUACUAUUUUAUGAGGAACUUAUUAUUUAAAAAUGUGAAAAUAAUAAUAGGGAUGAAUUGAACUGAAUGAACUAAACAGAAUAUAAAAGGGAAAAGAAAGAAGACUGAUAAAUUAUUAAUUUCCUUGUUGGGCGAGUGCCAAUUAACUAAUAUAGGCGAAUGUGAAUUUAACCAAAACAAAAACGAUUAAAUAAGGUUACUUGGUAAUUAAAAAGGUUAAUUUAAUAUUUAAUGAGACUUGCGAAAGCAAAAGUCCCCACUUGAAAUGAUCAAAAACAAUACAACUGUUUUUAGAAACCACAUCAACCACAUUUUCUGUCAACUUUUGAAAACAACGGAAAUGUUGACCACUUUCCCAACAACUUACACAACUUAGUGUUUGAAAUCUUGGUCCACUUUUCUGCUAUUUAAAUGUGAAAUCGGAAUAUAAAUAGUUUAUACCAUUCAAAUGAUUUAGAUGUUUUAGUAACCACACUAAUUACAUUCAUGUAGCUAACUUCCCACUGUUGAAUUAACUGGCGUAGAACUUUCUAUUACCCAGACAAUGUGACUGGACACAAAAUCAACUACUUUGACCAAUUUCCCAACAACUUACAUAAAAACGCUUAUAGGGUAAUGACAUCUUGAUCUACUUAUCUGCAGAACAUAAAUAUAAAAAAAUCUAAAUGAUACAGAUGUUGUAUUAAGUUACACAAAAAGUAACAUUUUUGCUUGUACUUCGAAGAUAUCAUGGUGCUGUAUAGAGACGUAAUUGUAAAUCCAUUUGAAUUCAAUUACCUUUUGACAGCAUGCCUUUUGAUUUGAACAAAACUUUCCAUACAUAUUUGCCCAUUUGUAGAAGUGAUCAAAAAGUGACUUUUUGGACCUGAGUGCCAAAACAUUCAAGAGAUAAAGAUGCUCAAAGUUGACCCAUUUCACAUACCCCACCAUACCAUGAGAUACCCAUGUCUUCAUCAUGGAUAAAAGAUAAACGGUUGAGAUUGAUAUGAUUUAAAAGCUUACAAAACAGGGUUUUCAAACUAUUCUAUAAUUUCUGGACAAAAAUGUUUAAAUGUGCUUGGUGGUAUCACCUCAAGGCAUACUAUAAAAGCAGGCGACAGUGCGCCUUAUUUGGCAAUGGUCUCGGUAAGUGGAGUGUGCCAAUAUAUUUAGCAUGACACUUCCUUGCCUAUAUAUUUAGCAUGAUAGGGCGGCAGGUAGCUUAGUGGUUAAGAGCGUUGUGCCAGUAAUCGAAAGGUCGCUGGUUCUAAUCACCGAGUCGACUAGGUGAAAAAUCUGUCGAUGUGCCCUUGAGCAAGGCACUUAACCCCAAUUGCUCCUGUAAGUCGCUCUGGAUAAGAGCGUCUGCUAAAUGACUAAAAUGUAAUGUAAAUGUAAUGAUGCUUCCUUGCCUAUAUAUUUAGCAUGAUGCUUCCUUGCCUAGAUAUGUAGCACGAUGCUUUCUUGCCUAGAAGACUGAUGUUACACCAAAUAAAAGGCAGUAAGGUACAUUUCGGCAUAUGACCAAAUUCUAAGUUUUUGCUUACCGUUUCAUACACAUCCAUGUGCUUUUCCGAAGAAGAAAAACAUGUUGGCUAUGAGGAUUAUACGUUUAUAUUCGUAGCUACAUCCAUCAUAACAAGAAAUACAGUGCCCUCUGUAAUUAUUGGGACUUCUUUUGGCUCUAUACUCCAACAUUUGGGAUUUGAAAUCAAACAAUGACUAUUAAUAACCCCCCUUUUUAGGGCACCAAAAGUAUUGGGCCAAAUUCACUUAUGUGUAUUAAAGUAGUCAAAAGUUUAGUAUUUGGUCCCAUAUUCCUAGCAUGCAAUGAUUACACCAAGCUUGUGACUACAAACUUGUUGGAUGCAUUUACUGUUUGUUUUGGUUGUGUUUCAGAUUAUUUUGUGCCCAAUAGAAAUUAAUGGUAAAUAAUGUAUUGUCACUUUUAUUGUAAAUAAAAAUGGAAUGUUUCUAAACACCUCUACAUUCAUGUGGAUGCUACCAUGAUUACGGAUAAUCCUGAAUGACUCGUGAAUAAUGAUGAGUGAGAAUGUUACAGACCCACAAAAUUCAUAUCCCCAAGGCAUGCUAACCGCUCACCAUUACAAUAACAGGGGGUAUGAUAUUUGUGCGUCUGUAACUUUCUCACUCGUCAUUAUUCACAAUUAAUUCAGGAUUUAUCCACUUGAACCUCCAGUCAUUGUAUCAUUUCAAAUACAAAGUGCUGGAGUACAGAGCCAAUAGAUUACAAAAUGCUUCACUGUCCCACUAAUCACAGAGGACACCGGAGAUAACCACUGUGACUGAUUGGUAGCGCAGUCUGCUAAAAUAGUUGGCUCAUAGUUCUAUGGUUGUGGGCUCAUAGUUCUAUGGUUGUGGGCUCAUAGUUCUAUGGUUGUGGGUUCUAAUCCCACAUGGGAUGGACUUUGUUCUUUUUCUCCAAAUCCUUUAUUUACAAUAUUCUAAUUCUGAGAAGUUAAAGCAUAGGCUACCUGUGAGAGGGGUCGCCCUGGUAGUAGUUGAGUUAAUUUGAUCAAUGGAAAAAGAGCUACUGCGUGAUUACUGCAAUGCGGGAUCGGAUUGAAUUCCUAAUCUUACAUUUUCAAGGAGAUAAUUGCACGUUUCUUCCCAACACAAUACCGCUUUUUAAAAUGUGAGUCCACAUAUUAAAUAUGUUCUUUGCGCCCCGUGCGGGAUUCAAAUUUACAAUCGCAAGUGGCAAUAGAUGUCAGGAAUUUAGCACCUUGCUACUGUGAGCUAAUUGUCCAGAGCCACUUUGCAGAAAUCACUCUGCUAUUUACUGGUUGCUAAAAAUCUAAUAGUUUGCCUAAUUUCUCAGUUUGUGAAAACACAAGCAAGUAUGGUGUAGAGAAUCAUUGUACCAUCUAAACCGCUGUGAAAUAUUUUUCCCAAAAACGAAAAAUAUUGUAAUUUCAGCUGUUUGAAGCUGGUGUUCAAAACCGAAAGUAAAAGACACAAAAAUAAAACAUAAGAACGGGAAGCAUAGAAAUAGUGCACAUAGAACAGAUCUACUGCUUCUUAAACUUGCUUUCAAUGAGAAUGACAGAUCUAUAACUCAUAUUUCUAUGUGAAUUUGGCCAGGUUGCCCAAAAAGUUACAUAUUGCAGGUAUAAAAAAAACAUGUAUAUAUUUGAACCUUUAACAUCAAUUAUCUAAAAACGAGUAAACUCAAUAGUUUUUUUAUAUUCAUAUAUAUUUUAUAUAGACCCUAUUUUACAUAAUCUAAGGUUUUUGUGUUGUGCCUGCCAUCAGUUGAGACACAACAUGCUCUUGAAUACAGGGUGGGUGUCAUGUUUGGGCUGAUAAAUGUACUAAAAUGGGAAUAAAAUUGAAAUUUCAACUGGAGGGCCACAUAUCUGAUAAUGUUGAAUUGAAUGGAAAUAUCAGUUGUUUUAAUGUAUACUGUCAAUCCACCAUAGGAAACCUAUUGAAACCAUAGAAAUAUAGAUAAUAGAAUAUACAUUAAGUUGACAUUCGACGGUGGGUGGACCUGCGGUCAUCUUUGUGGAAAUAAAUAGAAGUUAAAAUUUAAAUUCCAUAAAAAUGUCAAUGGUGGACCAGCUAAAUUGCAGUGGUCUGAAGGGAUAGAUCCGUUCUAUGAAUUACAUUUCUAUGAUUGAAAUGACACCCACCCUGUAUUGAAGAGCAUAGUGAGUCUUAACCGAUGGUGGGCACAUCACAAAAACCUCAGAUUAUGUUUUACUACAACAUAUGCAAAUAUGAAAAUCGGAGUUUAUGCGUUUUUAGAUAAUACGUUAAAAGGUUUGAAAAUGACAUUAUUGCAUUUUUUUUCUAGAAAUAAUAAAGUAGUUUGACAAAACAGUUUUUAAGCUUUUACAUGAUCGCAAACUCAACCGUUGAUAUUUUCCAGUGAUGAAGACAUGGCUAUCUCAUGGUGUGGUGGGGUAUGUAAAAUGGGUCUACUUCGAGCACCUUUAAUCACCUGAAUGUUUCUGCAUUCAUGUCCAAAAAGUCACUUUCUGACCACUUCUUCCAUGGGCAAACAUGUAUGGAAAGUGUUGUUUAAAUCAAAAGAGAUGCUGUCAAAAAGUGAUUGAAUUCAAAUGAAUUUCCCCAUAGGGUAUUACUGCACAGAGAUCACACAGACCGAGAGAGGUGUCAUGGCUGUGGACAAACACAAUAGACUUCUGAUGGAACUAGUGAUCACUGCUCUUCUCUUGACUGGUAAGUUACAGAAUGUUAUGGGGGGAAAGGAACUAGUGAUCACUGCUCUUCUCUUGACUGGUAAGUUACAGAAUGUUAUGGGGGGGAAAGGGGCUUAGACUGUCAUUUCAACAACAUCUCAAACACUUGAGUCAUACAUUCAACUCAACAGAGUGCGUUUCAUUGUUCACUAUAAGCACCUGUCAUGGUUUUAUUUGCCUACAGUUCAGAAUUUUAUUUAUUUAAUUAUGUAUGUAUUUAGUUAACACAGUAUUUGUACAGUGGCUUGCGAAGGUAUUCACCCCCCUUGGCAUUUUUCCUAUUUUGUUGCCUUACAACCUGGAAUUAAAAUUGAUUUUUGGGGGGGUUGUAUCAUUUGAUUUACACAACAUGCCUACCACUUUGAAGAUGCAAAAUAUGUUUUCUUGUGAAACAAACAAGAAAUAAGACAAAAAAACAGAACAUGAGCGUGCAUUAACUAUUCACCCCCCCAAAGUCAAUACUUUGUAGAGCCACCUUUUGCAGCAAUUACAGCUGCAAGUCUCUUGGGGUAUGUCUCUAUAAGCUUGGCACAUCUAGCCACUGGGAUUUUUGCCCAUUCUUCAAGGGAACACUGCUCCAGCUCCUUCAAGUUGGAUCGGUUCCGCUGGUGUACAGCAAUCUUUAAGUCAUACCACAGAUUCUCAAUUGGAUUGAGGUCUGGGCUUUGACUAGGCCAUUCCAAGACAUUUGAAUGUUUCCCCUUAAACCACUCAAAUGUUCCUUUAGCAGUGUGCUUAGGGUCAUUGUCCUGCUGGAAGGUGAACCUCCGUCCGUCCCAGUCUCAAAUCUCCAGAAGACUGAAACAGGUUUCCCUCAAGAAUUUCCUUGUAUUUAGCGCCAUCCAUCAUUCCUUCAAUUCUGACCAGUUUCCCAGUCCCUGCCGAUGGAAAAACAUCCCCACAGCAUGAUGCUGCCACCACCAUGGUUCACUGUGGGGAUGGUGUUCUCAGGGUGAUGAGAGGUGUUGGGUUUGCGCCAGACAUUUUACCUUUAUGGCCGAAAAGCUCAAUUAUAAUCUCAUCUGACCAGAGUACCUUCUUCCAUAUGUUUGGGGAGUCUCCCACAUGCUUUUUGGCAAACACCAAACGUGUUUGCUUAUUUCUUUCUUUAAGCAACGGCUUUUUUUCUGGCCACUCUUCCGUAAAGCCCAGCUCUGUGGAGUGUACGGCUUAAAGUGGUCCUAUGGACAGAUACUCCAAUCUCCGCUAUGGAGCUUUGCAGCUCCUUCAGGGUUAUCUUUGGUGUCUUUGUUGCCUCUCUGAUUAAUGCCCUCCUUGCCUGGUCCGUGAGUUUUGGUGGGUGGCCCUCUCUUGGCAGGUUUGUUGUGGUGCCAUAUUCUUUCCAUUUUUUUAUAAUGGAUUUAAUGGUGCUCAGUGGGAUGUUCAAAGUUUCAGAUAUUAUUUUAUAACCCAACCCUGAUCUGUACUUCUCCACAAACUUUGUCCCUGACCUGUUUGGAGAGCUCCUUGGUCUUCAUGGUGCAGUUUGCUUGGUGGUGCCCUUUCUUAGUGGUGUUGCAGACUCUGGGGCCUUUCAGAACAGGUGUAUAUAUACUGAGAUCAUGUGACAGAUCAUGUGACACUUAUAUAUAUAUAUACAGUGGGGAGAACAAGUAUUUGAUACACUGCCGAUUUCGCAGGUUUUCCUACUUACAAAGCAUGUAGAGGUCUGUAAUUGUUAUCAUAGGUACACUUCAACAAAAAUCCAGAAAAUCACAUUGUAUGAUUUUUAAGUAAUUCAUUUGCAUUUUAUUGCAUGACAUAAGUAUUUGAUCACCUACCAACCAGUAAGAAUUCCGGCUCUCACAGACCUGUUAGUUUUUCUUUAAGAAGCCCUCCUGUUCUCCACUCAUUACCUGUAUUAACUGCACCUGUUUGAACUCGUUACCUGUAUAAAAGACACCUGUCCACACACUCAAUCAAACAGACUCCAACCUCUCCACAAUGGCCAAGACCAGAGAGCUGUGUAAGGACAUCAGGGAUAAAAUUGUAGACCUGCACAAGGCUGGGAUGGGCUACAGGACAAUAGGCAAGCAGCUUGGUGAGAAGGCAACAACUGUUGGCGCAAUUAUUAGAAAAUGGAAGAAGUUCAAGAUGACGGUCAAUCACCCUCGGUCUGGGGCUCCAUGCAAGAUCUCACCUCGUGGGGCAUCAAUGAUCAUGAGGAAGGUGAGGGAUCAGCCCAGAACUACACGGCAGGACCUGGUCAAUGACCUGAAGAGAGCUGGGACCACAGUCUCAAAGAAAACCAUUAGUAACACACUACGCCGUCAUGGAUUAAAAUCCUGCAGCGCACGCAAGGUCCACCUGCUCAAGCAAGCGCAUGUCCAGGCCCGUCUGAAGUUUGCCAAUGACCAUCUGGAUGAUCCAGAGGAGGAAUGGGAGAAGGUAAUGUGGUCUGAUGAGACAAAAAUAUAGCUUUUUGGUCUAAACUCCACUCGCCGUGUUUGGAGGAAGAAGAAGGAUGAGUACAACCCCAAGAACACCAUCCCAACCAAGAAGCAUGGAGGUGGAAACAUCAUUCUUUGGGGAUGCUUUUCUGCAAAGGGGACAGGACGAUUGCACCAUAUUGAGGGGAGGAUGGAUGGGGCCAUGUAUCGCGAGAUCUUGGCGAACAACCUCCUUCCCUCAGUAAGAGCAUUGAAGAUGGGUCGUGGUUGGGUCUUCCAGCAUGACAACGACCCGAAACACACAGCCAGGACAACUGAGGAGUGGCUCCGUAAGAAGCAUCUCAAGGUCCUGGAGUGGCCUAGCCAGUCUACAGACCUGAACCCAAUAGAAAAUCUUUGAAGGGAGCUGAAAGUCUGUAUUGCCCAGCGACAGCCCCGAAACCUGAAGGAUCUGGAGAAGGUCUGUAUGGAGGAGUGGGCCAAAAUCCCUGCUGCAGUGUGUGCAAACCUGGUCAAGACCUACAGGAAACGUAUGAUCUCUGUAAUUGCAAACAAAGGUUUCUGUACCAAAUAUUAAGUCCUGCUUUUCUGAUGUAUCAAAUACUUAUGUCAUGCAAUAAAAUGUAAAUUAAUUACUUAAAAAUCAUACAAUAUGAUUUUCUGGAUUUUUGUUUUAGAUUCCGUCUCUCACAGUUGAAGUGAACCUAUGAUAAAAAUUACAGACCUCUACAUGCUUUGUAAGUAGGAAAACCUGCAAAAUCGGCAGUGUAUCAAAUACUUGUUCUCCCCACUGUAUACUGAGAUCAUGUGACAGAUCAUGUGACACUUAGCUUGCACACAGGUGGACUUUAUUUAACUAAUAUGUGACUUCUGAAGGUAAUUGGUUGCACCAGAUCUGAUUUAGGAGCUUCAUAUGCACGCACCACUUUUCCGUUAUUUAUAUUUUAGAAUUUUUUGAAAUAAGUAAUUUUUUUUCAUUCCACUUCACCAAUUUGGACUAUUUUGUGUAUGUCCAUUACAUUAAAUGAAAAUCCAUUUAAAUUACAGGUUGUAAUGCAACAAAAUAGGAAAAACACCAAAGGGGGAUGAAUACUUUUGCAAGGCACUAUAUUUCAGCAUGUAACUGUACAAAGGAAAAAAACGAAAUGUGUACAAAAAGAGACUUUUUCUAUCCAGGUGUCAGUGGUGACUGUCUGUACUCCAAUGUGGGAAAUGAUGUCAGUUUGCCGUGUGCCAACGUGGUUUAUCCAAACUGCUCGUCAACUACAUGGCUCUUUUGGAGAUCUCCGCAGCCCAUCACUGAGUUGGUUCGUGGAGGACAGAUUAGAACAGAAACCUCGGCGAGAGCUGAGAGACUGAGGGUGGAGUCUGACUGCUCUCUCCACGUUCAGAAAGUCAGAGCUGAGGAUGCUGGACAAUACCAGUGUCUACAAUACCUCACAGAGGGUGGACCACAACACGGAGAGGUCGCUUUCGUGAAUCUGAUUCUUCUAACCAGUGAGUAUUACUGUUUCAACCCAGUGGGUUUUUUAGUCAAAGGAAUACUUUAAUACAUGUAUUGCAUGUAACGGUUAAGUUAAAAUAUCUUAUUUUCUGUCUUAGUGUCAUUGUCCACCCCAGUGAUGGAUCUAAAGCCUGAUCGACCGGUGACCUUAAGGUGCGUUCAGACCACCUGGGGUGGAACUGGAAGCUGUUUCUUAUAUGAUAGACUGAGCUGGGUGGAUGAGGCCGGUACCGAGCUGCAGGGGGACUCCAGAUACCAGCUCACAAAGACGACUGACUGUGACAUCACUCUGACUGUGACCCUCCAGAGGAAGGACAACAACAGGAAGUGGAGGUGUCAGGCGGAGAACCAUGGAGAAGUGAAGACCUUCCAGGACUUCACAUUAUCAGGUAGACGUUAUCACAUAGAUAUCUCCCAUUUCAUCAUCAACUAGUCAUAAAAUCAGCCUUUGACUGCAAAAUCGGUUGUCCGUAUUCCAGAGAAGGGUGGUGAGGGGAGGACGGGCUCAUAACGUGGUCCUCUGUAGCUCAGCUGGUAGAGCACGGCGCUUGUAACGCAAAAGGUAGUGGGUUCGAUCCCCGGGACCACCCAUACACAAAAAAAUGUAUGCACGCAUGACUGUAAGUCGCUUUGGAUAAAAGCGUCUGCUAAAUGGCAUAUUAUUAUUAUUAUUAUUAUUAUAAUAAUGACUGGAGUGGAAUGUUAUCAACAUGGGAACCACACGUUUAAUGUGUUUGAUACCAUUCCGUUCCAGCCAUUACUGUGAGCCCGUCCUCUAAUUUUAAGUGCCACCAGCCACCGCUGAUAUUCACCUACUUUCUAAUGUGACCAACAGGCCCAAGUCCUGCUCCCUCUGUGAAGCCAAAUUCCACUUCUCCAGGUGCACUUGGUAAGAUGUUAUUUAGUAGAUAGUCUGAACAACCAAAGUCUUCAUUUAUGCACAACUAGAAAUGAUCAUGUUCAAAAAGGGGAAGCUUUUCUCAGCUCAUGAACAUCAUUCAGGGAUAAAAGGCGGCAGGUAGCUUAGUGGUUAAGAGCGUUGUGCCAGUAACCGAAAGGUCGCUGGUUCUAAUUCACCGAGCCGACUAGGUGGAAAAAUCUGUCGACGUGCCCUUGAGCAAGGCACUUAACCCUAAUUGCUCCUGUAAGUCGCUCUGGAUAAGAGCGUCUGCUAAAUGACUAAAAUGUAAAAUGUAAAAUAUUGUUGGUAAUUAGAAUCCUCUAGUGGCUGCUUUGUGUUAAACACCUUGCUUUACAUCUUCCUACUUCUCACUUAAAACAGUUUCUGUGUUGAAUACAUCAAGGUUUGUGUUUGAUCACUGUCUGUCCUAUUGUCCAGGUACCACUGACGGUGUCCAGUUGUUUAUCGACAUAGUUGUCUUUCUGGCACAGACCAUCAUGGUGCCAGGUACCAGUAACGGUGUCCAGCUGUCCAUCGACAUAGUUGUCUUUGUGGCACUGACCGUCAUGGUUGCCAUAGUUACUAUUUACAAAACCAGGAAGAACCGCCCACCAGCAGGUGAGAAUCACAGGGAUUGGUUCCUUUUUGAGCAUUAGAUAAAUUACAUUAACUGAUUUACGUCCUUCAGAUCUGUGAACUGAAAGGGAAUCAGGUCAUAAAUAGACCUUUGACGUAAUAAUCUUGUCCAUAUAAACCCCUUUCAACAAUUUAAUCUUUAAAGGUCUUCUAUAGAAUGAGUGAAUGGUCUGUCAUGUUGUCUGAUGUGCGUGUUGUUGUUGUUUUGUUCUCUGUAUAGAACUUAAAGAAAGCCUCCGGUAUUGAGCUUCAGGUCUGGAGGAAAGACCCCUUGUUCCCUACUCUUCUCCCAGUGCUGGACUAAGACUUCUAAACUGUCUGUAGCUUUAUUGAUCGAGUAAAAUAGGAUAUAAAUGUUUUUACAGUUGAUGUCCAUCUGAUAGAUUUUAUUUCGCUUUUUAACGUACCUUUUUUUCUUUCUUGCGUGCAGUAUGGAUGCAGACAUUUAUUAUGCCAUGUUUGGGUGAUGAAAUAAACGUUUGGUUUUUAAUUUCUGUCCAUUGUGAAUGGUCAGCUUAGAGAAAUUCAUUUUGUUUUAAUUGCAUAUAACAUUUUAUUGAAUUUCUGUAACUGUUACUAACAUAAACAAAUAAAUAUACAAUAUGUAUGUCAAA